AGAUUUGUCAAAUAGCCUGUGCACGGCAUGGUUGACAGGGUAGCCAACGUUUCAGACAGGGAUCCAGAGAGGACAUUUUUUUUUAAAUCAGGCUGUAACAGAAGUUAAACCGUCAGUGUAAGAAGUAACGCCAUCUUUUCUGAUCGUUACAACAGCUGUUCUCAUUCCUCUGAGAGCACAUUUCCAUAUUGUCAUUGCUCAGUUUAGCUAACUAACAGUUAACGUUGCUCUUUGAAAAUGGCGGAUGCACCACCAGAGAAGAGCCUGGACGAUUUCUUUGCCAAGCGGGAUAAAAAGAAGAAGAAAGAGAAAGGGAAGGGCAAGGAGUCCGCCGCGGGGCCCACGUCCAGUGUGGUAAAAAAGACCAAGAGGGAGAAGGAAAAAUCGGCGAAAAACGAGAAUCCGGACGCACAGAUUGAAAAGGAGGACGAGGAAUGGAAAGAGUUUGAGCAGAAAGAAGUGGAUUACACUGGGCUUCGGCUGCAAGCUUUACAAAUGAGUGACGAGAAGGAGGAAGAGGAGUACGAGAAGGAGGAGGUUGGUGAGGAUGGAGAGAUCAUUCUGGUCAGCGGAGACAAAGUGUCUGGUCCCUGGAACAAGUCUGGCGCUGCUCCGGCUCCUGCUGCUGCACCCGUGGAGGAAGUAGAGGUGCCUGAGUCGAAGCCUGCUGGUGUAUAUCGCCCUCCAGGGGCUCGGCUGACCACCACCAAACGAGUGCACAACCAAGGGCCUCCUGAGAUCUAUAGCGACGCACAGUUCCCCUCUCUUCUGGCCACUGCCAAGCACGUGGAGACACGCAAGGAUAGAGAAAUGGAGAAGACCUUUGAGGUCGUCAAACACAGGAACCGUGGUAGAGAGGAGACUAGCGGCGCUUCUAUGCAGCAGUUACAGCUUGACAACCAGUACGCCAUCCUUGGGGAUAAGUAGAGCCGCCCCCCCUCCGUCCCCAGGCCCCUUCAGCACGGUCCUGCCCAGCCCCUUGAAGGAAGCUGAACUCCAGCUGUGUUGACUGCAGUCCUGACAGAGCUCACGGUGCCACCAUCACCACACUGGUUACUCACACACAGAGCCUUAUAUACAUACACACAGCAGCACAUAAAGUGACACUCUCCUUGAAUAAAUCAAUAACACACUUCACAUCCAUUUUGUUGGCAAAACUGAAGGACUGCAUCUGAAGGGGCUGUUGAAAGAGGGAAUAAUUGGAAAGGAAUUAGCUUAAUACACCCAAACGUACAACAACGCAGCAGCAACAAAAGACAAAGUAGUCCUUUGUGGAUUGUACUCAGAGCAGCAGUUGUGUGGCGCAACUUUUCUCUGGACUUCAACUUGCUACGAUAAAGCCACAGAGGAUCGAAGACAGCUUUAGGCAAGAUGAUUUUACAAACUUCUGUGAAAAUGUCUAUUUUUUUGCAAGAUCAUUAUAACCCAAUCGCACAUGGUAUUUUGGGGUGUGUGUUUUGUGUUGCGGUUGGGGCUUCGGGAGUGGGGAUCCUACCUCAGCGGUAUAGCUGGUGGUGACAAAGUGGACUGAGCUGCUUUUUUUUUUUUUUUUUUUUUUUUUCCCUCUCUCGCUUGCUGUGAUGGUGAAUGGGGCAAACAACAACCCUUCCCCAUGUACAAGCUGGCCAUCGGGCUCUUUUCAUUUAGAAACUUGAAGCUUUGUGUUUUUUCCUUCACGUCGAUGACACUCUGCAAAGAUCUAUGGACAAGAAGCGAUAGGUUGUGGUCCUCCAUUUAGAAUUUCUAUAUAAAGUGGCCUUACUGAUAGAAACGGCUUUGUCAUCUGAAGAGAACUUUGCUUGUUGUCACACGGGCUGCUGCCUGCCUCUGGAUCUCACCACUUUGUGACAAAAAAACCCCUAAACAACGUAUACAAACAAACAAACAAAUCCUUUGUUCAAGAAUGUAGUGCUUUUGUAGUUUGCCUGAUGAUUACAGCUACUAACUGUCUUUCAUAUCCACUGUUUGAUUUUGCUGCUCUUACUUUAUUUUGGUCUUUUUUUAUUUUAGACAUCAGCAAAUGCGAAAUUAAAGGUUUGUAUCUAAUCCGAAACCAUUAUUUUGGUAACAAAUGCUUUACUGUGGUUUGACACCAGAUGGUCGCAGAUGUCAAGAAAAGUGACGGCAAACCACUUUAAAAGCAUAGUUGUUGAGGUUGUUUGGCCAUAUUGAGUUUACAACUUUUAUAGUGUGUUGUAAAGUGGUACAUUUCAACCCCAGUUUUAAGACUUUUCUCGUUUUGUUUUUUUUUUUAAAUCAAGGCCAUUUUCCUCAUAAGUAAACGUGCUGUGUCAGCCCUCAUUGCCGUUGUGUAGAAGAGGUAGCUUGUGCAUAACUUAACUUCCAGAGAGUUACAGCGACUACUCGUCUGUAACGAUAAAACCAACAGAGUACUUUCCACUUACAAAACAGUGGUACGCCCAGUUAAAAUCAAAAGGGUUUUUACUACAUCGCAAGCAUAGUUAUGUUUAGAACGGAGAAGAUGAACUGGAUUUCUGUUCUAUGUUUCUGUCCUUUCCAUCAAAGAUGUCGGGGAGCAAUGAUCCCUGCUGCGACACUUUGAGUGGAUGUAGAUUAAUAUUUGUGAUGAAAAGAGAAGAGCCUAACACAAAAAAUAAAGUGAUCCUUGUGAA